AUGGCCGCUGGAUCGGAAAAGCGAGAGGAAAGAGUUCCCGCCCCUGCCAGGUACAUUAAGACGUCACCCUCAGAGACCAACGGUCAAGCCAACGGCACGUCCAACGGUCACUAUCACGUGACAGAGCCUCAUCAGUCUCUGACGAUGAACAACGAGUCCCGUAAGAAGUACACGGCAGGGGAGAUAAUCAUGAUGGUCUCCGUGGACGCGCAGAGGGUGCAGGAAGUCUUCCGGGUCUUUGUCCUGCUUGCCGGCACUCCCAUACAACUCAUCGUAUCAGCCGUAAUGUUAUACUACACUAUCGGGAUCUCUAUCGUGGCUGGCAUCGUCUUCUUGCUCCUCCUCAUCCCCCUCAACUCUCUGCUGGGCUCUCAGCUGAGGAAACUACAGGCCAUGAACAUGAAGCUCAAGGACAGAAGGGUGAAACUCAUCACUGACGUUCUCAGCGGCAUCAAGGUGCUGAAACUUUACGCGUGGGAAGAGUCUUUCGAGGAGAAAAUCUCCGAAAUUCGGAGUCAAGAGAUGAAAGUUCUGCGGCGUUUGGCGUACUUUAGAAUUGGGAUUCAGCUCAGCAACUGGAUGACACCAUUUUUGAUUACCCUGGCCACCUUCGCCUGCUACAUCCUGAUCUCUGACGACAGCCACCUUGACCCGGCCACCGUGUUCGUGUCCUUGACCUACUUUGACAUCAUGAGGAUGCCCUUUGUCAUCAUCACCAACAUCAUCACUGGCACCGUCAUGGCGAGUUUGUCUGCCCUUUUUCCGUCGUUGGUCCCAACAGAAUCUUGGAUUUUAGGAAGUUUUAGUUUUAGUAGAGGGUUUUGCGGCGCUGCAAUGGUGUCCUUAAAACGAAUCAACAAAUUUCUGUACGGAGAAGAUUUGGACAACUAUGUUGGAGCAAACCCCGAGGGAGUGACAGAAUGUGUUAAUCUUACUUUCACAGUUGUGUCAACGACACAUAAAUUAUGCUCCUCUCGUCUUCAGUGUGUCAAUGACACCUAUGUUCCUCUCGUCUUCAGUGUGUCAAUGGAGGUCGCCAAAGGCAGUCUGACCAUGGUGGUGGGCCGUGUGGGGUCCGGGAAGUCCUCCCUGCUCUCUGGACUGCUGGGGGAGCUCAUGUGUUUGUCGGGGUCUGUGGACGUGAAGGGCUCCAUCGCGUACGUAGCCCAGCAGGCGUGGAUCCAGAACGGGACGGUCAAGAACAACAUUCUGUUCGGCAGUCCGCCCAACGAGGCUCGCUACAGGGCGGUGGUCAAGGCGUGUGCUCUGGACAGGGAUCUCAGCAUACUGCCCUCUGGCGACAGGACCGAGAUAGGCGAAAAGGGUGUGAACUUGAGCGGCGGACAGAAGCAGCGAAUCGCCCUGGCCCGGGCAGUGUAUAGUGACAUGGACCUGUACCUUUUGGAUGACCCCUUGAGUGCUGUGGACGCCCAUGUGGGGAAACACAUCUUUCAGCACGUCAUUGGGCCGGAGGGUUUGCUCAAGGGAAAGAUGUUCUACCUGCCAACAGCGAGACAACUCAAGCGCAUGGAGAACGUUUCUAAGUCUCCCAUCUACUCGCACUUUGGCGAGGCUGUGGGCGGGGCUUCCACCAUCCGAGCUUUUGGCCACUCCCACCGCUUCCUUACCGAAUCACAGGCCAAGAUUGACAACAGCGUGUCACGGAGUCUGAUGAUGUACAGCUGUUCAAAGUGGGCAUUGUGGGAAGGACUGGCGCCGGGAAGUCCUCGCUGACUUUGGCCUUGUUCCGAGUCCUGGAGGCCAGCAGCGGGAGCAUCCUGAUUGAUGACGUCAACAUCGCUGACCUUGACCUUUACGAGCUGAGAGCCAAGCUCUCCAUCUUACCGCAGGACCCCGUCUUGUUCACUGGCACACUGCGCAUGAACCUUGACCCCCAUGACGAGUACAGUGACGCAGACGUGUACCGCGCCCUGGACCAGGCGCUUCUGGGAGACUUCGUCAGGUCGUUCGCUGACGGCAUCGAGCUGGAGGUGGGCGAGGAGGGCAAGAAUCUAAGCGUUGGUCAGCGACAGUUGGUGUGCCUGGCCCGGGCACUGCUCAGAAAGAACAAGAUCCUGGUCCUGGAUGAGGCAACAGCCGCAGUGGACGUCCAGACAGACGCUUUUAUACAGAGUCCUAGUGAUGGAGGCUGGCGAGGUGGCCGAGUUUGCCCCUCCGCGGGAACUGUUGGACAACCCGGAGUCUCUCUUCUACAGUCUGGCCACAGAGGCCAAGCUUAUCUAGGGCACUGGACUGGCACACGGCUGGCAUCUGGCAUCUGACAUCUGGCAUCUGGCAGGCUGACAUCUGACAUCUGGCAUAGUAACUUAUCUGGGACCGUGGGCUUGCAAGCUGACAUCUGGCAUAUGACACUAGCUUAUUUGGGACACUGGACUGGCACACGGCUGGCAUCUAGCAUCUGACAUCAGGCAUCUGGCAUCUGACACUAGCUUAUCUAGGACAGUGGACUGGCACGCUAACGUCUGACAUCUGCCAUCUGGUACGCUGAUAUCUGGCACUGCAGCAACUUAUGUUUGAUGGUGGACUGGUACUUUGGCAUGUGGCACUAAAAUAGCUUAUGUUUGAUGGCCCUCUGGCACUGUCUGAAAUGGCACUAUGACAGCUGACAGGAUUUCAAGUAGCACUUUGGCAUCUUUCACUAUUGCAGCUAAUGUUUGAUGGUAGACUGACGCUUUGACAUUCUGCCCUCUGGCACUAUAGUACUUAAUGUUUGAUGGUAGACUGGAACUCUAACGUCUGGCGCAGUCUCAAGUGGCGCCCUAUAUGUAAUAUGACAACUCGCACUAUAGCAGUUAGCAGGUAAUGUUUGAUGACGGAUUGGGGCUCUGCCAUUAGGCACCAGACAACAGUAGCCACUUGUUGAUGGCAGACUGGCAUUCUGGCACUAUAGUAGCCAAAGUUUGAUGGCAGACUGGCAUUCUGGCACUAUAGUAGCCAAAGUUUGAUGGCAGACUGGCAUUCUGGCACCAUAGUAGCCAAAGUUUGAUGGCAGACUGGCAUUCUGGCACUAUAGUAGCCAACGUUUGAUGGCAGGCUGGCAUUUUGGCACCAUAGUAGCCAAAGUUUGAUGGCAGACUGGCAUUCUGGCAUUCUGCCAACUGGCACGAUAGCAACUCAUCCGGGACAGCAGACUGGCACGAAUCUGCCUUCUAGCAUUGUCGAAGUGGCGCUUCAAGUAGCACUUAAGACGUCUUUUAGUUUUAGUAGAGGUUUUACGGCGCUCGCAACUGCAUAAGGC